AUGAUGUCUCAUCAACAACUCAUUAAUCCACAUGGAUAUAAUAGUGGAGGUGAUGGAGAAAGUAUUAUACUGGUGGAUAAAGAAUUACCAACUUCUUGUACUUCUAGUUCAAUUAAUAUUAUAGCAAAAUUCAUAAAAAUGAUAUCUAUUAAAUUCCAAAAAAUCCCUCCAUUUAGAAUAAAAUGGUUUAUUAGUACUAUUGCUAUUGUCAUUUAUUCAACAAUUUUUAAUAUAACCAAUUUAAUUAUGUUUUCUAAAUUUACUAAAAAUUUCAAUCUGGUUAAUCCAUUAUCAGUGAUUUUUUUAUUUUUAGAUGUUUUCAUAUUUCUUGUUGUUAUUUAUGAAAAAUUUUAUCAUAAAAAUAAUAAUGAAUUCACUAAUAAAUGGUCAAAAUAUACUUAUAUAAUAGUUUGUAAAAUAUUGAAAAAAAUUUUAUGGUUGAUUUUAUUAAUUGCUUGUAUUUUCCAAGUGGUUUUAAUUUCCAUUGGUAAAUUAUCUAAUCCAUUAAAUGUUAAUGAUAAUCAAUUGGAUAUUUUAAAUAUGUCACAACAUGAAAAAACUGGAUACUUUAUCGUUAAUUUAAUUAAUUUAGUAUUUAAUGGUGCAUUAUUAGGGAUUUGGUGGUCAACUAAUAUUUCAUCAGUUUAUUUAUUAUUUGCUUCAAUUAAUUUCAUAAAUAUUUUGAUUGCCAUUAGUCUUGUCCAAAUUAAUAUUAGUUAUUUCAAUUUAACUAGUGGAUCAGUAAGGAAAUUACAUAAUUUAUUUAUAAUAACUGGAACAUUUAUGACAGGACAAUCAGCUAUCGGUUUAAGUAUUGUAUUAUUGAUUAAUGAAAAAAAUCGAUUGAAAGAUUUCAUUGGUAAAUUGAUUUUUUUUUAUGAUGUUUAUGUGACAUUAUUAUUCAGUUUAUUAUUAGGAUGUACCAUUGUUAGUGGGAUUUAUUUUGAUUAUAAAGCCCUGUUCCCCAUUAGUAUUUUCAUAUUAUAUCUUUGUUCCAUUAUUAUUUCGGUUGUGUCAUUCUUAUGUACACGAUAUUUCCGUUUACGUGGUGGAUUUACUAAUGAAUAUCAAGUGGAAGAAUAUGAUUUACUUUCAUUAACGGUUCAUCAAAAACAAGGAUGGGGGAAACUUAUAGAUAUUAAUCAUAAAUAUAAUGGAGGAAUUUCUGGUGAUUAUGUCAUUUCAUUAAUGGAAAAUUAUAUGGAAGCAGAUUUACCAGGAAUGUCAUGUAAAGUAUUAAGGGUAUUCAAAAAGAAUGAAACAACAAUAACAACAACCACAACCCAGUUGCUGCAAAAACUAAAGCAUCAAAGCAAAAAGAAUUUAAACACUGCAUUUGAAGAUUUAGAUCAUGAAUCAUUAUUAUUUCAAGAUACUCCAACAUUAUGUGACACCACAUCAUCGAUUAAACAUUUAGAGGAUGAAUAUCGACCAUUAUCGAAAAAUCAAUUGAAACGAUUAGCUAAAAAAAAUCAAAAAGAUAAAAAAUUAUUAGAAUUAAAAUCUUUAGAAAAUAAUACUGAAAUUUUUUAUCAAGAAUUAAUGAAUACUGAAGCAUUAAUAUUACUUACUAUUAUUGAAGAAUUUGAUUUAAGUGAAAGAAUCCCAGGAUGGAUUGGUAAAAAAUUGAAUAAAUGGUUUGGGAAAAAUUCGAAAUAUCCAUUUUUAUGUAUUCGAUUUGGAUUAUUAGGAUUUCAUUGGCCAUUUAAACGAUCGACUUUUUAUUGUAGUGCCACCAAAAAACCUGUAGCUCGUGGUGCUGCUGUGCUAUAUGCCAUAUCUCAAUGGAAUUCUCAACAUGAAAAAUUAACCGUAUUAUUAGAUCCAACUUAUAAAGAUGUUAAUUUUGAAGCAGGGAUAACUUCUAGUGGUUGGUAUAAGAUUAAAUUACCUAAUUCUCAUAUUAUUGAUUUAAGACCAUUUCAAAAUCAAACUAGUACUGAUUAUUUCAAAGCCAUAAAAUAUAGAACUCAAGAUAAUUCAUUUAAACAAGCUAAUGGACAAGUAAUUGAAACUAAUAUAUUUAAUUAUGAAAAUUGUCAAGAAAUCAUUAAUAUGAAUCAAAAUAUUUCUCAAAAUAGACAACUGUCAGGACAAUCACAACAAUUAUUACAACCAAAUUGGGAAUUCAUUUAUAAUUUAGGAAAUUAUUCUAAUGAAAAAAAAUAUCGUUCCUUGUUGUUUUUAAAAGUUGAUAAUGAAAUCAUUGCUUCAUGUGUUAUAUUUCGUUUAGGUGAUACUAUGACUUCAGAUAUUCAAGGAUUAAAUCAUGUUAUAAGUAAAAAAUAUAAAGCAUAUUUUGUUAUGAUGCAAGAAGUAAUUAAAAUUGGAUUAAGAGAAGGAGUUAAAUUUAUUGAUUUUGGUCCAACUACUGAAGAAGCUAAAGUUACUAUUGGUUGUAAUGUUGUACCAUUAUGUGGAUCAAUUUACCCUAAAAAUAAAUUCUUAGGACCAAUCAUAAAAUUUGCUGCUAGUAAAGUUGAUGUAUAA